GCCGCAAAAUCCACGUCAGAAAACCCAAAAAACCCAACCUUUUUAUUCGUCCCACAAUUUCCUUUUUAUUUUCCUUUUAUUUUUGAGGCAGAAAAUUAUCCAUGUCUCCAUUUAUUCUCCUUCCAUUUCUUCACCAAGCUCUUUGAGUUGCCCUGUGAAUGUAUCACUUUCUCUCUCCUCGCCAUCAAUGAAGCUUCAAGCUCACCCAGGCGCUGAUUACAUUCCACGGCUUCUCCAACACUCCGCCGCCAAAUUCUCGCCGGAAAAUCCUCAAAUUCCGGCGAACAUCCGUGUUUCCCGGCGUGUUCUAACCUCAAGAUGUCGUUUUACUGUCAGAAAUUCCGGCGAAAAUCACGAGAAUUCCGACGAAGUUAGCCGCGGAAGAAGAGGUAUUAUUUUCACACCACUGCUUGCUGUUGGCGCUGGUUUCCUCCGGUCAGCGGUUGUUAAGGCAGACGAGAAGCUUCCAGAAGUAGCGGUUACUCCGCCUUCGCCGGCACCUCCGGCGGAGAAUAAGGUGGAGGAGAUUUCUUCGAGGAUAUACGAUGCGACGGCGAUUGGAGAGCCGUUAGCGGUGGGGAAAGAUAAGAGUAAGGUGUGGGAGAAGGUGAUGAAUGCGAGAAUUGUCUAUUUAGGUGAAGCGGAACAAGUUCCGAUUGGCGGCGAUAAAGAAUUAGAGGUUGAAAUUGUGAAGAAUUUGAGGAAGAGAUGUGUUGAGAGUAAUCGCACUCUUUCUUUGGCUCUUGAAGCUUUUCCUUGUAAUUUGCAGGAGCAGCUCAAUCAAUUUAUGGAUGGAAGGAUAGAUGGGGAUACCUUGAGGUCUUUUACAGCACACUGGCCACCUGAGCGAUGGCAGGAAUAUGAACCUCUCUUAGGUUACUGCCGUGAUAAUAAAGUUCGCCUGGUUGCUUGUGGUGCUCCACUUGAGGUGAUGAGGACUGUCCAAGCUGAAGGCAUUCGUGGACUGUCAAAUGCUGAUCGUAAAAAAUACACUCCUCCAGCUGGUUCAGGAUUUACAGCAGGCUUUAAUGCUUUUUCCCGUAAAUCAUAUAAGGAGCCGACUUCUUUGAACGAGGCAUUAACUUUUGGUCCAAACUCAUAUCUCUCAGUACAAGCUAGGGCUGUAGAGGAUUAUACUAUUGCUCAGGUCAUUCUGCAAGCAGUGACAGAUGAAGGAGCUUCUGGGUUGCUUGUUGUUAUCACUGGUGCAAGUCAUGUCAUUUAUGGACCUCGAGGCACAGGAAUUCCAGCAAGAAUUUCAAAGAAAAUGCAAAAGAAGAACCAAGUUGUUAUGCUACUCAACCCAGAAAGGCAAUCUAUGAGAAGAGAAGGAGAAGUUCCUGUGGCUGAUUUCUUAUGGUACUCUGCAGCUAGACCUUGCAGUAGGAAUUGUUUUGAUCGUGCUGAAAUUGCACGUGUUAUGAAUGCUGCUGGCAGGAGAAGAGAUGCACUUCCUAAGGACCUUCAGGAAGGACUUGAUCUUGGUCUUGUGUCUCCGGAGGUGCUACAAAACUUCUUUGAUUUGGAGCAGUAUCCCAUUAUAUCAGAACUUACUCAUCGGUUUCAGGGUUUCAGAGAAAGAUUAUUAGCAGAUCCAAAAUUUUUAAACAAAUUAGCUAUUGAAGAAGCUAUAUCACUGACAACAACUCUGAUUGCACAGUAUGAGAAACGGAAAGAAAAUUUUUUCCUGGAAAUUGACUAUGUCAUUACUGACUCAGUCAGGGGAGCUGUAGUUGAUUUCUUUACUGUUUGGCUUCCAGCCCCAACCCUUUCCUUCUUAUCUUUUGAUGAGAUGGGUACAUCUGACAGUAUGGAUUCUCUAAAGGGUUUGUUGGGAUCCAUCCCAGACAAUGCUUUUCAAAAAAGUCCUGUUGGGAAAAACUGGAAUCUGAAUCACCGGCUUGCAUCAGUGGUUUUUGGUGGACUGAAACUUGCUGGAGUUGGAUUUGUAUCAAGCAUUGCUGCCGUUGCUUCUUCAAAUAUCCUAUAUGCAUUACGUAAUUACCUCAAUCCAUCUCUGGUCACAAACCAGAAGAUAAAAAGAUCACCAAUCCUAAAAACAGCUGUUGUCUAUAGUAGCUUUCUUGGAACAUCAGCAAAUCUCCGAUACCAGAUUAUUGCUGGUGUAGUUGAGCAUCGUAUAUCUGAGCUCCUACCUUCUCAAACGCUGCUUGUAAAUAUGCUAUCCUUUUGUGCAAGGGUAAUAAAUUCCUAUUGGGGAACCCAGCAAUGGAUUGAUUUGGCACGUUAUACUGGGCUGCAGACUCGCAGUGUUGAAUCAUCUCCUGAUGUUUCCGAUCCUGUUGAAGCUUCUUCCGUCAAAUGCAGUAGCUCAGAUGAAACCAAUGUCAAUGACAUUAAAAAUCAGUGAGCUUAAAUUUGAUUGCAUUAUUCUUUAUACUUGUAUGUAAUACAUGUGCUGAUACCUAGGUAUAUAGGUAAGAGACAAAGCAGCUUUUAUCAAAAAAGCAAUUGUUUUCCUUAGUUUAGGACUUUUUUGUAUGACAUCACACUAGGAGAGUUACAUGUAUUACUGGAUAAAUAUGAAUAUAGUUCGCUGCCUGUUAUAUAUUAAAGCAGCAAUUUUAUGCAAAGCCAAUAACUUUUCCUGCUUC